AUGGGGGAGAGCUCUUACGCCUUCUCUAGUGACGGCAUUCCAUAUGAAGGGAACAGUCUGGCCUCACCUCAGGGCCGCCCGCACUCCACAGACCAGCGGCUCAAGGCUUUUAAGGCCAUUAAGAUCUUGCAGGAGACAGACUCCAAGGACAAAAAGUACAUUUGUGUGGAGUGCGGGAAGACCAGCCGCUACAAGUCGGCCUAUUUGCGGCACAAGCGAACUCACACAGGCGAAAAGCCUUUUAGUUGUACGGAUUGCGGCAAGUGCUUCCGGCGCAGCUCGCAGUUGGUGACGCAUCAGCGAACUCAUACAGGAGAGCGGCCGUACACGUGUCUGCGGUGUGGGAAAAGCUUCAGCUGUAAUUCCACCCUGGUGACCCACCAGCGGACCCACACGGGGGAAAAACCUUACAUCUGCAUGGAAUGUGGCAAGGGGUUUAUCCACAGCUCCGACUACAACCGUCAUCAUCGUGUCCACCGCGGAGAGAAACGCUACACCUGCAAGGAGUGCGGCAAGAGCUUCAGCCAGAGUUCCUACCUGGUCAUCCACCAACGCAUUCAUACCGGUGAGAAACCCUUCAUCUGCAACGAAUGCGGUAAAAGCUUCAGCCGCAACUCGUCACUGGUGACCCACCAAGAGCACAUACCCCUCCCCGGAACACGUAACCCUCCCCAGAACACGUAA